AAAACUAUUCAAACCUCUUCCCUCUACCACCUAUAAACCAAUCCUCAGUAGCAUACCCAUUCUCACUAUCUACGGCCCACGUGUUGCCUUUGCUGAGCCCUCAUUUUCAAAACCAAGUCCACAGCUCGGUGAUGGGCUACCCGGGCUUCUAUCCGUAUCACACACAGAACCGAUGCACUGCAGCAGCAGGUAUGGGCAGCAUAAUAAAACAAGGACUGUUAAGGAGAAAAAGGAUUCGCAGAGCCUCCAAUGGUGGUGUUCAAGAUGGACACAGUUUUCAUCAAGUCCCUAAAACGAGCCCAGACUGCAUUAAAGACUGCCAAAACUGCAGUUCAAGUCUCACUGCUGAUUCUGCACCACGGAACGCAGCCUCUACACUAUCAGGUACUGAUUUAAUUGGUAAAGUCUGUGCAGGCUGUCGAUUCUGCAGAAAACAAUAUGGGCUAAAGCGUGAGCCACAAUCCAAGCAGCAUGACCAGAGAGGAGACAAACCCUACCAGUGCCGACACUGCCCCAAAAAGUUCAGUCUUAAACAUCAACUGGACACCCACCACAGGGUGCACACUGGGGAGAAGCCCUUUGAAUGCCGUUUAUGUGGGCAGCGCUCACGGGACUACUCGGCCAUGAUCAAACAUCUGCGAACCCAUGGCGGGGCCACGCCGUAUCGGUGCACAUUGUGUCUGGAGUUCUGCAGCAGCCUGGCCGCCAUGCAGAAACACAUCAGGAACCAUGCCAUGCAGGAGUUUCCCCCUGACUGGAGCAUCAGCAGCACCUACCUGUACAUCUCCCAUAUCUGAACCAAGUCUCCAAGCCCACAAAAAGCAACAGAUAUAUAUACACAAUACAACUGUAUUGUAUAAUAACAUAGCUGAGUAUGUAUAAAUAAUACAUAUUGAGCUAUGCAGUGGGUUAAAUAAUAGCUAAUCAAAACAGUAAAAAUAUACAGAUAAAUAGUUGUAGUAUUUAAGUCAAUUAUCCUAGUACACAGUGUAAAAUGGCCUCCUCCUAGUAGUAGUUGUUGUUUAUAUCAUUUAAACUGUUUUUGUAUCGUGUACAGACAUAAGGAAUUGAAAGAACAUGGCUUACCUGAUGGUAUUUAAGAGUGGCCUUAGCAGAUCCUACUUCAACAUGACGUUUUGUCUCAAAGCACAAAAAAAGAAUCACAAUAAUUAGUGUAUUUAGUGUGUAUAUUACGAAGUAAUGUGCUCUGGUUUGCCACAGAAAACUCUCUCUGUCGAUGUCACUCGUGUGUUUGUUCUAAAAGUUAAGGUUUGGAGCAAUAUAUUUCGUGUUACUAAGGAUACAUGUUGACGGAGCUAAAUUGCUAAAUUGCCUGUUGUUGCAGUGUUUUUCUGCUUAGCAACAUCAACUGAUUGGCUGACUAGGGAUGUACUAAGAUACCCGGAAAGAGGGAAAGUAAAGUAUAAAUUGUUGUUUUUUUUAAUGAUAUAUAGUGAUUAGUUCUUAUGAAGAGAUUUUUUUAGAAAAAGAAAAUCAGGGGAAAAAAAACUUUCUUUGGUAACUGUCAUAUAUUGGAGCCACAGAACAGAAGUUAAGCGGUUACAAAGUAUAAUUUUGUUUUAGUACCCUCCUGCGUGCUUCCACAGCACUUGCAUUUCGGGAUUCCACAACUUAUUUGUAUUAUUAUUGACAAAUUAAUUAUAUAUGCAUUUUGUUGUAAGGUUUUAAGCUUAUAAUUUCAAACAAUGUAUGCUUUUAGUCCCUCCUGAUAUUUUAUAUUACUUUUUUUGCUCUCUAUAACAUACAUUUUCUGUGUGUGCGUGUCUGUGUGUGUGUUUUCCAAAUGGUGCUUAAUAAAGGGAGUUUAUUCAUGUGUCUA